GCGAAGCGUGGCUGGAGGGCGAGGCGAGGGGAGGAGGGCGUGAGAAAGGAGGCGGCGGCGGCGCGGAGGAGGGUUAUCUGUUCAUUUAAAAACCGGCCGCCUCGUCGCCUCGGGAAGACCUGGAGCGUCUGACUGCACGCGCGGGACACGAGCGCUCCACGCCCGCGGCGCCCACGGCCCGCCGUCUCCUGGCCGCUUGCGCCGUGCGCCCCAAGACCUGCGACGCGGACCCCGGGAAGUGGCUGAGGGGCGCAGUGCCACAGGCCCCCCCUUGGGGCGUGGCCGUCGUCCCGGCACCCCCGUGCCUCUGCCCGCACCUCCCUGCGGUGUGCCGGGGCCAGUGGAUGCGGGUGCGAUGAACAGCGGCGCGCUGCCCCGGACCGCGGCCCCCGCGCUGGGCGUCUCCGGCGGUGGCGCCGCCCGGCGGCGGCCCGCGUCCCCGGAGCUGCUGCGCUGCAGUCGGCGGCGGCGGCCCGGCGCGGAGGGGACCGGGGGCGGCGCGGCGGCCGUGGCGCGGCGCAACGAGCGGGAGCGCAACCGCGUGAAGUUGGUGAACCUGGGGUUCCAGGCGCUGCGGCAGCACGUGCCGCGCGGCGGCGCCAGCAAGAAGCUGAGCAAAGUGGAGACGCUGCGCUCGGCCGUGGAGUACAUCGGCGCGCUGCAGCGCCUGCUGGCCGAGCACGACACCCUGCUCCUGGCGCCAGCCGCGCGGAACCCCGCACCCCGCGGGCCGCCCGACACCCCGCCGGACGCCGCCUCGCCCUCCUGCGCCUCCUCGUCCCCGGGCCGCGGGGGCAGCUCGGAGCCCGGCUCCCCGCGCUCCGCCUACUCGUCCGACGACAGCGGCUGCGAGGGCGCGCUGAGCCCCGUGGAGCGCGAGCUGCUCGACUUCUCCAGCUGGUUAGGGGGCUACUGAGCGAGGCAGCGCCGCCCCGAGGCCCCGGGCAACUCCAUCCCCGCCGAGGAGCCAGCACGGGCGGCCUGGCCUCCGUCCCGCCGCCCGCCCGCCCGCCCGGUGAGCCGAGCCGCCUGGGAGCCCACACCGUCCAUCCUGACCACGUGCCAGUUUGAAACUGGUCCCCGCCGACCUCCCCCAGGGGCAGCUUCCUGGGACCCUGACUGCCCGCCCUGAGGCCUCCGCUGGCACCCGGCCGGGCACCAGCCCGCAGUUUUCCCGAAGGGAGACGCGAUGUGAGGCCACAGAGCACCUACGUUUUCUACGUUACCUCGAACUGCCCAGGGACGCGGGCAACAUGAAACUUAUUUUUAUACAAAGACUCCGUCACUUGGAACACAAUAAAGACGGUUGACCCCCA